GUCUGAGAUGCCAGACCGAGACCCCAGCCGAGUCGCGGACGGCUGGGUCAGCGAGCUGAGGGUCGGCGCCAGCAGACCAGCGGGGAAGGUUGGGGAGGGGUCUGGAGAGAGAGCCCGGCGUCCCCCCAGGAUCUGCGAGGCCCUCGCGCCUCCCCCCUCGGGCUCGCACUUGGUAGCACCUCCCUGAUCCCCUUAUCUCUAAGGCGCUCAGGGGACUGGCCCCGUGCCGCAGCCUUCUCGGAAAUGCUGCCCUGGCCACCCGGGAACCAUGAGCCCUGCGACCCCGGUCCCGCCCGACUCCACCCUGGAAAAUCGUUUGGAAGAAAUGGCCCUGGUGAGGGGCGGCUGGCUGUGGAGACAGAGCUCCAUCCUCCGCCGCUGGAAGCGGAACUGGUUUGCCUUGUGGCUGGAUGGGACCCUGGGCUACUACCACGAUGAGACGGCGCAGGAUGAAGAGGACCGCGUGUUCAUCCACGCCAACGUCCGCGACAUAAAGGUCGGCCAGGAGUGCCACGAUGUGCAGCCCCCAGAGGGCCGGAGCAGAGACGGGCUGCUGACCGUGAGCCUGCGGGAGGGCGGGCGCCUGCACCUGUGUGCUGAGACCCGGGACGAUGCCAUAGCCUGGAAGACGGCGCUGAUGGAGGCAAACGCCACCCCGGCCCCGGCUGGAGCCACUGUCCUUCCCAGGAGCCGCCGGGUCUGCCCCAAGGUCAGGUGUGUGACCCGUUCGUGGAGCCCCUGUCAGGUUGAGAGGCGGAUCUGGGUGCGUGUAUACAGCCCAUACCAGGACUACUACGAGGUGGUGCCCCCCAAUGCGCACGAGGCCACCUACAUCCGCAGCUACUACGGCCCGCCCUAUGCAGGCCCCGGCGUGACGCACGUGAUAGUGCGGGAGGAUCCGUGCUACAGCUCGGGCGCGCCGCUGGCCAUGGGCAUGCUCGCGGGCGCCGCCACGGGAGCCGCGCUCGGCUCGCUCAUGUGGUCCCCUUGCUGGUUCUGAGCCCUGGGCUUUGCAGCGCCGGACCCUGCGCCUAGACUACCGGCCUCUCUUCCUCCUGGACCCCGCCCUGCGCCACCCGCUUUGGCCCUCUGCUCUCUGUCACUAGCUCCUUCUGGGCUUGGACCAACCCUCCUCUCCCUCUUCGCAAGUUACCAUCCCAGGCGCAAAGAGCCCUGGGUACCCUCCCCUCUAUUGCCAGACCCCCCAUAAGCCCCCUCGUAGUCGCAGGUGCGUGGACUCCCUCCCAACACACCAGGGCCACAACAAACUCAACUGCCUUGGGCUCCUCGUGGCCCAGGCGCUGGAGGCGCGGCGCGAGGUCGGUGGGCUCUCUGCCUUCUCCUUGAGCUCCAGGCCUGAUGGGGGCAGUGGGAGGACAGGCGUCGACAGACAUUGAGAAAGCUGUGGAGUUAUCAGCCCUUUGGCAAGGACGGGAGCCAGGCAGGUAGGCUGGGAGCCCUGCCCGGCUAUGGUGCAGAGCCGCGAGCAGCCCCGCAUGUCCCAGGAGGUCAGGGCAAGUUCGCUGGGGCUGGAAGGAGGCAGGGGCAGUGCAGCGCGGUGGAUGAAGGGAGAGGUGCGCUUGCAGCCGAGGGGAGCUGAGUGACCUAGCUGCCGUGGACCUAGGGCCCAUUUGUUCAUACUGACUCACACACACCCACGCCCCAAACACUCCCUGAGUUUAGCCCCUUCCUUCCCACGAGCAGCCUCCUGGGUUCCCUGUGCCCUGGGAUGACAACUGAGCUGACCCUAGGGACUCCUGGUUCGGGGGACAAGGUGAGCUCUGCUCGGGACCUCCAGCCCUAGGAAAUUAUCUCCAUCAGGAAAUGCCUUUGUGGUCCCAGGAGCUCAGCUGUCGGUCCGCAGCUGCGGCUGUCGCCAUCUCAGGCUUUGUCUCUUCCUUUACUCCGGGGCCUGAUCCACCUUUGUACCGGCCUGGGAAGCCCCACGUGUGCCUGCCUGCAGGUGGCCCAGCAGUCUCCACCCCCACCUUGGCCGCCUUCAGCCUCCCCCCUCUCCUGUCCCCAUCACCGAUAGAAGUGCUAACCUUUCUGCCCAGAGACUAAUAAAGGCGUGGCUGGCUCUCGCCCUGGCUCCAGCUUGCUCUGUUCCCCAGAAGGUCCUGUGUCCUCGGGACAUCUCCAUGACCCAGCAUCUGCUGGUGCCUCCUCUGGACCAGUAAGACCAGGAGGAACAGGUGUCGGCGCCUUAGCUGAGCAGCAGGGGGCAGGCCUUGCUUUCCCCAGCCAUAGAAGGUUGUCCCUGAGGGUUGAGGCUGUGUCAGGGUCUCUUGUCAUCUGAUAGACAGACAAUACAGCCCCGGCCAUGCCUGUUUCCUGAGAGUCCCGUGGUGUAGGGGGCUUUUCCAGAAGGUUCCCCUCCAAGAGGCGAAUCAGCGAAUUGUUCUCACAGAGACCAGAGGCCUGGUGAGGAAACAAUGGUCCUUCCAGGCUUCUGGAAGCUGCAAUGACUCCCUGCUCAGACUGACUUAAGGCCACCCGACUGACAAGGCCAGAGUGUGGUGCAGGGAUCCAGUGUCACUUAGACUUUGCUUUCUUUCUUUCUUUUUUUUUUUUUUUUAAGAUUUAUUUAUUUGAAAGGCAGAAUUUACAGAGAGAGAGAGAGAGAGAGAAGGAAAAACACAGAGAGAAAG